CACCCGUCGACCCAUGGUGGGACACUCAACCGGCCAGUGCCCACCAGGUACGGGCUCUCUCGGUUGGAGCAGUAAAUACACGAGUCCCAUAUAUCGCAACUCCCAACCGGCAACCGCGCCAGCUAUAUACGCGCCCUCCGCUCAGUUAUAUGCCGCUCCAGCUCCUUCCUUGUGUCCGAGCGAGUGAGUGCCUACCAACAGCCAGAGUUUUCGGAGCUAAACGGCGCGAGAUCGAUGGACCCGUACAAGUACCUCAACAUCCGCUAUAACCCGGACGGCUCGCUCACCCGCCACAACGCCGCGAGGCUCCUCCCGCCGGCGCCGUCCGGGGAGCCCGUCGCCGUCCCCAUCGCCCCCGACGGCGAGGAGAACCGCCGCAUUGUCCACUCCAACGACGCCCCGCUCAACCCCGCCAACGGCACGAGCGUCCGCCUCUUCGUUCCCGCAGGCGUCGUCGACAAUGGCAACGGCAACGGCAACGGCAGGCCGAUCCCGCUGAUCCUCUACUUCCACGGCGGCGGCUACGUGCUCUUCCGCGCGGCCUCGGAGCCGUUCCACAACACGGCCGCGGUGCUCGCGGCCACGAUCCCUUCCGCCGUGGCCUCCGUCGACUACCGCCUCGCCCCGGAGCACCGCCUCCCGGCCGCCUUCGACGACGCCGCCGACGCGGUCCGCUGGGUCCGCUCCUACGCCGCUGGCAGGCCGGUCUUCAUAAUGGGCUGCCACAACGGUGCCAGCAUCGCGUUCCGGGCCGCGCUGGCCGCCGUCGACCAAGGCGUGGAGCUGCGGGGCCUGAUCCUGAACCAGGCCCACCACAGCGGCGUGGAGCGGACCCCCGCGGAGGAGGCGUCCGUGGACGACCGCGUGCUGCCGCUGCCGGCGAACGACCUGCUCUGGGAGCUGGCGCUGCCCGUGGGCGCCGACAGGGACCACGAGUACUGCAACCCGGGCGCCAUGCUGGCCGUCGUCGGGGCGAGCCAGCUGCGGAGGCUGCCGCCGUGCCUGGUGCUGGGGCGGAAGAAGGACCCGCCCAGGGACCGGCAGAAGGUGCUCGUGGACGCGCUGCGGGACGCCGGGGUGGACGUGGAGGCGCGGAUGGACGGCGCUGGGUACCACGCCAUGGAGCUCUUCAAGGCCGACCGCGCCGCCGAGUUCGUCGCGCAGGUCACCGACUUCGUCCGCCGCCACGCCGUCGACGAUGUACAGCAGGCCGGUGCAAGGAGCAGGAUGUGAUGUGAUGAUCUAGCGAUAGAUUCUCGCAAAAAAGAAAAAGAAAACUCUAGCGAUAGAUCAUGGUGGGAGGUUGUUACAACGGCACUGUUGCGCUUUGAUUUUUUUAAUUGGACAUAUGCCAAUCAUAUCGUAAUCACCGUGCCAUGAUUGAUUCACUUGGGAGUUGGGAGCCACGGCCGGGCCACGAGUCUACACCCCGGCAAGUACUUAAUUUUAUCUUUUCGAAUGGAUUUGUCGCCUUGUGUUCUUCUUCUUGA